CAGGGCUCCCGCGUACCGGGAUUUUUUCCGAGCAGAAAAAAGCUCCAGAGCUCUCCUGACCUCCUUUCUCCUCAGCGGCGAGCGGAGCCUCUCCCUCGGCGCUGCCGGCCGCGCCAUGCCGCGCUCGCGGGGACGCAAGCAGGGGCGCUGCGGCUGCCCCGUGGGGAGGGCUCCCAGCGAAGCCGGGAUUUCGGCGCUCGUGCCGGGCGCUGGGAGCCGCUGGGGCCGCCCGUCGCUGCCACCAACGCCACCGCCGCUGCUGCUGUUGCUGGGCUGGGGGCUGCUCAGUGCUUCUGCCGCCGCGGGCCAGAACUGCACGUUCCAACUGCAGGGUCCCAAUGGGACCGUUGAGAGCCCAGGGUUCCCGUACGGCUACCCCAAUUAUGCCAACUGCACGUGGACCAUCACCGCGGAGGACCAACAUAGGAUCCAGCUCGUCUUCCAGUCCUUCGCCCUGGAGGAGGACUUUGAUGUCCUGUCGGUGUUUGAUGGCCCACCGCAGCCGGAGAACCUGCGAACCAGGCUCACGGGCUUCCAGCUGCCAGCCACCAUCGUCAGCGCGGCCACCACCCUCUCUCUGCAUCUCGUCAGCGACUACGCAGUCAGCGCGCAGGGCUUCCACGCCACCUAUGAAGUGCUCCCGAGUCACACGUGUGGGAACCCUGGGCGGUUGCCCAAUGGCGUCCAGCAGGGCUCAACCUUCAACCUGGGAGACAAGGUCCGCUACAGCUGCAACCCCGGCUUCUUCCUGGAGGGCCAUGCCGUGCUCACCUGCCACGCUGGCUCCGAGAACAGUGCCACGUGGGACUUCCCCCUGCCCUCCUGCAGAGCGGACGACGCCUGUGGCGGGACCCUGCGGGGCCAGAGCGGCAUCAUCUCCAGCCCCCACUUCCCCCUGGAGUACCACAACAAUGCCGACUGCACGUGGACGAUCCUGGCCGAGCUGGGAGACACCAUCGCUCUGGUCUUCAUUGACUUCCAGCUGGAGGACGGGUACGACUUUCUGGAAGUCACGGGGACCGAAGGCUCCUCCCUCUGGUUCACUGGAGCCAGCCUCCCAGCCCCUGUCAUCAGCAGCAAGAACUGGCUGCGGCUGCACUUCACCUCGGACGGCAACCACCGACAGCGCGGCUUCAGUGCCCAGUACCAAGUCAAGAAGCAGAUUGAGUUGAAGUCUCGAGGUGUGAAGCUGAUGCCCAGCAAAGAUAACAACCAGAAGACAUCUGUGUUAACUCAGAUUGGUGUGUCCCAAGGGCAUAAUAUGUGUCCAGACCCUGGCAUCCCCGAAAGGGGCAAAAGACUAGGCUCGGAUUUCAGGUUAGGAUCCAGCGUCCAGUUCACCUGCAACGAGGGCUAUGACCUGCAAGGAUCCAAGCGGAUCACCUGCAUGAAAGUGAGCGACAUGUUUGCGGCCUGGAGCGACCACAGGCCCGUCUGCCGAGCCCGCAUGUGUGAUGCCCACCUUCGGGGCCCCUCGGGCAUCAUCACUUCCCCCAAUUUCCCUAUUCAGUACGACAACAACGCACACUGUGUGUGGAUCAUCACGGCUCUCAACCCCGCCAAGGUGAUCAAGCUCGCCUUCGAGGAGUUUGACCUGGAGAGGGGCUACGACACCCUGACGGUCGGGGAUGGCGGGCAGGACGGGGACCAGAAAACAGUCCUCUACGUCCUGACAGGUACAUCGGUCCCAGAUCUCAUCGUCAGCACCCACCACCAAAUGUGGCUCCUCUUCCAGACCGAUGGCAGCGGCAGCUCCCUGGGAUUCAAGGCUUCUUACGAAGAGAUCGAGCAGGGCAGCUGCGGUGACCCCGGCGUUCCUGCCUAUGGCCGGAGGGAAGGCUCUCGCUUUCGCCACGGUGACACACUCAAGUUUGAGUGCCAGCCUGCCUUCGAGCUGGUGGGGCAGAAGGCAAUCACGUGCCAAAAGAAUAACCAGUGGUCGGCUAAGAAGCCAGGCUGCGUGUUCUCCUGCUUCUUCAACUUCACCAGCCCCUCUGGGGUCGUCCUGUCGCCCAACUACCCAGAGGACUACGGCAACCACCUCCACUGUGUCUGGCUCAUCCUGGCCCGGCCCGAGAGCCGCAUCCACCUGGCCUUCAACGACAUCGACGUGGAGCCUCAGUUCGACUUCCUGGUCAUCAAGGAUGGGGCCACCGCUGAGGCCCCCGUCCUGGGCACCUUCUCAGGAAACCAGCUCCCCUCCUCCAUCACCAGCAGCGGCCACGUGGCCCGUCUCGAGUUCCAGACGGACCACUCCACAGGGAAGAGGGGCUUCAACAUCACCUUUACCACCUUCCGACACAACGAGUGCCCGGAUCCCGGCGUCCCGGUGAACGGCAAACGGUUCGGUGACAGCCUCCAGCUGGGGAGCUCCAUCUCAUUCCUCUGUGACGAAGGCUUCCUCGGGACGCAGGGCUCGGAGACCAUCACCUGCAUCCUGAAGGAGGGCAGCGUGGUCUGGAACAGCGCCGUGCUGCGGUGUGAAGCUCCCUGCGGUGGUCACCUGACUUCGCCCAGCGGCACCAUCCUGUCUCCCGGCUGGCCUGGCUUCUACAAGGAUUCCCUAAGCUGUGCCUGGGUGAUCGAAGCCCAGCCAGGCUACCCCAUCAAAAUCACCUUCGACAGAUUUAAAACCGAGGUGAACUACGAUACUCUGGAAGUGCGAGACGGACGGACGUACUCGGCGCCCCUGAUCGGGGUUUACCACGGGACCCAGGUGCCCCAGUUCCUCAUCAGCACCAGCAACUACCUCUACCUCCUCUUCUCCACCGACAAGAGCCACUCGGACAUCGGCUUCCAGCUCCGCUAUGAGACUAUAACACUGCAGUCGGACCACUGUCUGGAUCCAGGGAUCCCCGUAAAUGGGCAGCGUCAUGGAAACGACUUCUAUGUGGGCGCCCUGGUGACUUUCAGCUGCGACUCGGGCUACACAUUAAGUGACGGGGAGCCCCUGGAGUGUGAGCCCAAUUUCCAGUGGAGCCGGGCGCUGCCCAGCUGUGAAGCACUCUGCGGCGGCUUCAUCCAAGGCUCCAGCGGGACCAUCCUGUCGCCGGGGUUCCCGGACUUCUACCCCAACAACUUGAACUGCACCUGGGUUAUCGAAACUUCACAUGGCAAGGGUGUGUUCUUUACUUUCCACACCUUCCACCUGGAGAGUGGCCAUGACUACCUCCUCAUCACCGAAAAUGGCAGCUUCACCCAGCCCCUGAGGCAGCUGACCGGCUCACGGUUGCCAGCCCCCAUCAGCGCUGGUCUCUAUGGCAACUUCACCGCCCAGGUCCGCUUCAUUUCCGACUUCUCCAUGUCCUAUGAAGGAUUCAACAUCACCUUCUCAGAAUAUGACCUGGAGCCCUGUGAGGAGCCUGAGGUCCCCGCCUACAGCAUCCGGAAGGGCUUGCAGUUUGGUGUAGGCGACACCUUGACCUUCUCCUGCUUCCCCGGGUACCGUCUGGAGGGCACGGCCCGCAUCACGUGCCUGGGGGGCAGACGGCGCCUGUGGAGUUCGCCUCUGCCAAGGUGUGUUGCCGAGUGUGGGAAUUCGGUCACGGGCACUCAGGGCACUUUGCUGUCCCCCAACUUCCCUGUGAACUACAACAACAACCACGAAUGCAUCUACUCCAUCCAGACCCAGCCGGGGAAGGGGAUUCAGCUGAAAGCCAGGGCGUUCGAGCUCUCUGAGGGAGACGUCCUCAAGGUAUAUGAUGGCACCAACAACUCCGCCCGCUUGCUGGGGGUGUUCAGCCGCUCCGAGAUGCUGGGGGUGACUUUGAACAGCACAUCCAGCAGCCUGUGGCUUGACUUCGUCACUGACGCCGAGAACACCAGCAAGGGCUUUGAGCUGCAGUUUUCCAGCUUUGAACUCAUCAGAUGCGAGGACCCGGGAACCCCCCAGUUUGGCUACAAGGUGCAUGACGGAGGCCACUUUGCAGGGAGCUCCGUGUCCUUCAACUGUGACCCUGGAUACAGCCUGCGGGGCAGCGAGGAGCUGCUGUGUCUGAGCGGCGAGCGCAGGACCUGGGACCGGCCUCUCCCCACUUGUGUCGCUGAGUGUGGAGGGACAAUCAAAGGAGAGGCGUCGGGGCAGGUGCUGUCCCCGGGGUACCCAGCUCCAUACGAACACAACCUCAACUGCAUCUGGACCAUCGAGGCUGAUGCUGGCUGCACCAUCGGGCUGCACUUCCUGGUGUUCGACACGGAGGAGGUCCACGACGUGCUACGCAUCUGGGACGGGCCCGUGGAGAGCGGGGUCCUGCUGAAGGAGCUCAGCGGCCCGGCCCUACCCAGGGACCUGCACAGCACCUUCAACUCGGUCGUCCUGCAGUUCAGCACCGACUUCUUCACCAGCAAGCAGGGCUUUGCCAUUCAGUUCUCAGUGUCCACAGCAACGUCCUGCAAUGACCCCGGGGUCCCACAGAAUGGGAGCCGGAGCGGCGACAGUUGGGAAGCUGGCGACUCCACGGUGUUCCAGUGUGACCCUGGCUAUGCACUGCAGGGGAGCGCAGAGAUCAGCUGUGUGAAGAUUGAGAACAGGUUCUUCUGGCAGCCCAGCCCACCCACAUGCAUUGCUCCCUGCGGGGGAGACCUGACGGGACCAUCAGGAGUCAUCUUGUCCCCAAAUUACCCAGAACCCUACCCACCAGGCAAGGAGUGUGACUGGAAAGUGACCGUCUCACCAGACUACGUCAUCGCCCUGGUAUUUAACAUCUUUAACUUGGAGCCUGGCUAUGACUUCCUGCAUAUCUACGACGGACGGGACUCUCUCAGCCCCCUCAUAGGAAGCUUCUACGGCUCCCAGCUCCCGAGCCGCAUCGAGAGCAGCAGCAACAGCCUCUUCCUCGCCUUCCGCAGCGACGCGUCCGUGAGCAACGCAGGCUUCGUCAUCGACUACACAGAAAACCCACGAGAGUCGUGUUUCGAUCCUGGUUCAAUCAAGAACGGCACUCGAGUGGGGUCUGACCUCAAGCUGGGCUCCUCCAUCACCUACUACUGCCAUGGCGGCUAUGAAGUCGAGGGCUCCUCCACACUCACCUGCGUUCUGGGGCCCGACGGGAAGCCUGCGUGGAACAAUCCCCGGCCAGUGUGCACAGCCCCCUGUGGAGGACAGUAUGUGGGUUCAGAUGGAGUGGUCUUGUCCCCCAGCUACCCCCAGAACUACACCAGUGGACAGAUCUGCCUGUAUUUUGUCACCGUGCCUAAGGAUUACGUGGUGUUUGGGCAGUUCGCCUUCUUCCACACGGCCCUCAACGACGUGGUGGAGGUGCAUGACGGCCACAGCCAGCACUCCCGUCUCCUCAGCUCCCUGUCGGGCACCCACACAGGAGAGUCACUGCCCUUGGCCACCUCCAAUCAAGUUCUCAUUAAGUUCAGUGCCAAAGGCCAAGUACCAGCCAGAGGCUUCCACUUUGUCUACCAAGCGGUGCCCCGAACCAGCGCCACGCAGUGCAGCUCUGUGCCGGAACCCCGCUAUGGCAAGAGACUGGGCAGUGACUUCUCUGUGGGGGCCAUCGUCCGCUUCGAAUGCAAUUCCGGCUAUGCCCUGCAGGGGUCCCCAGAAAUCGAGUGCCUCCCUGUUCCGGGGGCCUUGGCCCAGUGGAAUGUCUCAGCGCCAACAUGUGUAGUGCCGUGUGGAGGCAACCUCACGGAGCGCAGGGGCACCAUCCUGUCCCCCGGCUUCCCGGAGCCCUACCUCAACAGCCUCAACUGCGUGUGGAAGAUCGUGGUCCCUGAAGGUGCUGGCAUCCAGAUUCAGGUCAUCAGCUUCGUCACCGAGCAGAACUGGGACUCCUUGGAAGUGUUCGACGGGGCGGACAACACUGUGACUAUGCUGGGGAGCUUCUCAGGAACAACCGUGCCUGCCCUUCUGAACAGCACCUCCAACCAGCUCUACCUUCACUUCUACUCCGAUAUCAGCGUGUCGGCAGCCGGCUUCCACCUGGAGUACAAAACUGUGGGCCUGAGCAGUUGUCCGGAACCUGCCGUGCCCAGUAACGGGGUGAAGACUGGAGAGCGCUACCUGGUGAAUGAUGUGGUCUCUUUCCAGUGCGAGCCGGGCUAUGCCCUUCAGGGCCACGCCCACAUCUCCUGCAUGCCCGGAACCGUGCGGCGCUGGAACUACCCACCUCCUCUGUGUAUUGCGCAGUGCGGGGGAACAGUGAAGGAGAUGGAGGGAGUGAUCCUGAGCCCCGGCUUCCCGGGCAACUACCCCAGCAACAUGGACUGCUCGUGGAAAAUCGUGCUCCCCGUGGGCUUCGGAGCUCACAUCCAGUUCCUGAACUUCUCCACCGAGCCCAACCACGACUUCAUAGAAAUCCGCAACGGCCCCUACGAGACCAGCCGCAUGAUGGGCAGAUUCAGUGGGAGCGAGCUUCCAAGCUCCCUGCUCUCCACGUCCCACGAGACCACUGUGUAUUUCCACAGCGACCACUCCCAGAACCGGCCAGGAUUCAAGCUGGAGUAUCAAGCCUAUGAACUUCAAGAGUGCCCAGACCCAGAACCCUUUCCCAAUGGCAUGGUGAGGGGAGCUGGCUACAACGUCGGGCAAUCAGUGACCUUUGAGUGCCUCCCAGGAUAUCAGUUGAUGGGCCAACCUGUCCUCACAUGUCAACAUGGUGCCAACCGGAACUGGGACCACCCUCUGCCCAGGUGUGAAGUCCCCUGCGGUGGGAACAUCACCUCUCCCAAUGGCACUGUGUACUCCCCUGGCUUCCCCAGUCCAUACUCCAGCUCCCAGGACUGUGUCUGGCUGAUCACCGUGCCCAUUGGCCAUGGCAUCCACCUCAACCUCAGCAUGCUGCAGACAGAGCCUUCUGGAGACUACAUCACCGUCUGGGAUGGGCCCCAGCAGACAGCUUCAAAGCUUGGAGUUUUCACCAGGAGCUUGGCCAAGAAAACAUUGCACAGCUCAACCAACCAGGUUCUGCUCAAGUUCCACCGAGAUGCAGCCACGGGUGGGAUCUUCGCCAUAGCCUUCUCUGCUUAUCCACUCACCAAGUGCCCUCCUCCCACCAUCCUCCCCAAUGCGGAAGUCGUCACAGAGAAUGAAGAAUUCAACAUAGGUGACAUCGUGCGCUACAGGUGCCUCCCUGGCUUUACCUUGGUGGGGAGCGAAAUCCUGACCUGCAAACUCGGAACUUACCUGCAGUUUGAAGGCCCACCCCCAAUAUGUGAAGUGCACUGCCCCACGAAUGAGCUUCUGACAGACUCCACAGGUGUGAUCCUGAGUCAGAGCUACCCUGGCAGCUACCCCCAGUUCCAGACCUGCUCUUGGCUGGUGAGAGCGGAGCCCGGCUAUAACAUCUCCAUCACCGUGGAGUACUUUCUCAGUGAGAAGCAGUAUGAUGAGUUUGAGAUCUUUGACGGUCCCUCGGGACAGAGUCCUCUGCUGAAAGCUCUCAGUGGGAAUUACUCGGCUCCCCUGGUUGUCACCAGCACCAGCAACUCUGUGUACCUGCGCUGGUCGUCGGACCAUGCCUACAAUCGGAAGGGAUUUAAGAUUCGGUAUUCAGCUCCCUACUGCAGCCUGCCCAGGGCUCCACUCCACGGCUUCCUUCUGGGCCAGACCAGCACCCAGCCCGGAGGCUCCAUCCACUUUGGCUGCAAUGCUGGCUACCGCCUGGUGGGACAGAGCAUGGCCAUUUGUACGCGGCAUCCCCAGGGCUACUACCUGUGGAGCGAGGCCAUUCCUCUGUGUCAAGCUCUUUCCUGUGGGCUUCCUGAGGCCCCUAAGAACGGAAUGGUGUUUGGCAAAGAGUACACGGUGGGGACCAAAGCCGUGUACAGCUGCAACGAAGGCUACCACCUGCAGGCAGGUGCCGAAGCCACCGCAGAGUGUCUGGAGACGGGCCUGUGGAGCAACCGCAACGUUCCUCCCCAGUGUGUCCCCGUGACCUGUCCUGACAUCAGCGGCGUCAGUGUGGAGCACGGCCGAUGGAGGCUUAUCUUUGAGACGCAGUACCAGUUCCAGGCCCAGCUGAUGCUCAUCUGCGAUGCUGGCUACUACUAUACUGGCCAGAGGGUCAUCCGCUGUCAGGCCAAUGGCAAAUGGAGCCUCGGAAACUCUAUGCCCACCUGCCAAAUCAUCUCCUGCGGCGAGCUGCCCAUCCCGCCCAGCGGGCACCGCAUCGGAACGCUGUCCGUCUACGGGGCCACGGCCAUCUUCUCCUGCAAUUCCGGGUACACGCUGGUGGGCUCCCGGGUGAGGGAGUGCAUGGCCAACGGACUCUGGAGUGGCUCUGAGGUCCGCUGCCUCGCUGGACACUGCGGGACUCCCGAGCCCAUUGUCAAUGGACACAUCAACGGGGAGAACUACAGUUACCGGGGCAGCGUGGUGUAUCAGUGCAACGCCGGCUUCCGCCUGAUCGGCAUGUCCGUGCGCAUCUGCCAGCAGGAUCACCUCUGGUCGGGCAAGACCCCUUUCUGUGUGCCAAUUACCUGUGGACACCCAGGCAAUCCAAUCAAUGGCCUCACUCAGGGUAACCAGUUUAACCUCAACGAUGUGGUCAAGUUCGUUUGCAACCCUGGAUACAUGUCUGAGGGCGCCGCUAGGUCCCAGUGCCUGGCCAACGGGCAGUGGAGCGACACGCUGCCCACCUGCAGGAUCAUCAACUGCACAGACCCCGGGCACCAAGAGAACAGCGUCCGUCAGGUCCAUGCCAGCGGCCCACACAGGUUCAGCUACGGCACCAUGGUGUCUUACCAGUGCAACCAUGGCUUCUACCUCCUGGGCACCCCGGUGCUCAGCUGCCAGGGCGACGGCACAUGGGACCGCCCCCGCCCCCAGUGUCUCUUGGUGUCCUGUGGCCAUCCGGGCUCCCCACCCCAUUCCCAGAUGUCCGGGGACAACUAUACUGUGGGCGCGGUCGUGCGCUACAGCUGCACCGGCAAGCGGACUCUGGUGGGAAACGCCACCCGCAUGUGUGGGCUGGACGGGCACUGGACAGGCUCCCUGCCCCACUGCUCAGGCACCAGCGUGGGACUCUGCGGUGACCCCGGGAUCCCGGCACACGGCAUCCGUCUGGGGGACAGCUUUGCCCCAGGAAGUCUGAUGCGCUUCAGCUGCGAAGCUGGCUACGCGCUCCGCGGAUCCUCAGAGCGGACCUGCCAGGCCGACGGCUCGUGGAGCGGGACGCAGCCUGAGUGUGGAGUGAUCUCUUGUGGGAACCCCGGGACUCCGAGCAAUGCCCGAGUGGUGUUCAGUGACGGCCUGGUUUUCUCCAGCUCCGUGGUCUAUGAGUGUCGGGAAGGCUACUACGCCACAGGCCUGCUCAGCCGGCACUGCUCGGUCAACGGCACCUGGACAGGCAGUGAGCCGGAGUGCACAGUCAUAAACUGCGGCGACCCCGGGAUUCCGGCCAGUGGCCUCCGGCUAGGCAAUGACUUCCGGUACAACAAAACCGUGACAUACCAGUGCGUCCCUGGCUACAUGAUGGAGUCACACAGGGUGUCCGUGCUGAGCUGCACCAAGGACCGGACGUGGAAUGGUACCAAGCCCGUCUGCAAAGCCAUCAUGUGCAAACCGCCACAGCUCAUCCCCAACGGGAAGGUGGUGGGGUCCGACUUCAAGUGGGGCUCAAGCGUGACGUACGCCUGCCUGGAGGGGUACCAGCUGUCCCUGCCCGCGGUGCUCACCUGUGAGGGCAACGGAUCCUGGACCGGAGAGCUGCCUCAGUGUUUCCCCGUGUUCUGCGGAGACCCAGGCGUCCCGCCCCGUGGGAGGAGAGAGGACCGGGGCUUCUCCUACAGGUCGUCCGUCUCCUUCUCCUGCCAGCCCCCUCUGGUGCUGGUGGGCUCUCCACGCAGGUUCUGCCAGUCAGACGGGACGUGGAGUGGCACCCAGCCCAGCUGCAUAGACCCAACCCUGACCGUGUGCGCAGACCCCGGCGUGCCGCAGUUCGGGAUACAGAACAGCUCCCAGGGAUACCAGGGGUACCAGGUCGGGAGCACAGUGCUCUUCCGCUGUCAGAAAGGUUACCUGCUUCAGGGCUCCACCACCAGGACCUGCCUCCCCAACCUGACCUGGAGCGGAACCCUGCCCGACUGUGUCCCCCACCACUGCAGGCAGCCAGAGACGCCGACCCAUGCCAACGUCGGGGCUCUGGACCUGCCCUCCAUGGGCUACACGCUCAUCUACUCCUGCCAGGAGGGCUUCUCCCUCAAGGGAGGCUCCGAGCACCGCACCUGCAAAGCAGAUGGCAGCUGGACUGGCAAACUGCCCAUCUGCCUGGAGGUCCGGCCCAGUGGGAGGCCCAUCAACACUGCCCGGGAGCCGCCACUCACCCAAGCCUCAGUGCCCGGGGAUGUUUUUGCCAAGAACUCCCUAUGGAAAGGGGCCUAUGAGUACCAGGGGAAGAAGCAACCGGCGAUGCUCAAAGUGACCGGCUUCCAGGCUGUCCACAGCAAGGUCAACGCCACCAUGAUUGACCACAGCGGCGUGGAGCUGCACUUGGCUGGAAUUUACAAGAAAGAAGAUUUCCACCUCCUACUCCAGGUUUACCAGAUUACAGGGCCGGUGGAGAUCUUUGUGAAUAAGUUCAGAGACGAUCACUGGGCCCUCGAUGGGCACGUCUCCUCAGAGUCUUCUGGAGGCACCUUCAUCUACCAAGGCUCCGUCAAGGGCCACGGCUUUGGGCAGUUCGGCUUUCAAAGACUUGACCUCAGGCUGCUGGAGUCAGACCCCGAGUCCAUCGGCCGCCACUUUGCUUCCAACAGCAGCUCGGUGGCAGCCGCAAUCCUGGUGCCUUUCAUCGCCCUCAUCAUCGCAGGCUUUGUGCUCUAUCUCUACAAACACAGGAGAAGACCCAAAGUUCCAUUCAAUGGCUAUGCUGGCCACGAGAACACAAAUGUUCGGGCCACCUUUGAGAACCCCAUGUACGACCGCAACAUCCAGCCCACAGACAUCAUGGCCACCGAGGCGGAGUUCACAGUCAGCACGGUGUGCACGGCGGUAUAGCCCCGAGGCCCGGCUGCCCCCGCCACCGCCACCGAGAGCCCCGCCUCCAACCACCGUUCUCCAGGGGACAGGAAGGAGCUCCCCUGAGCACAGUGCCCAGUGCCCGUCAUCGUCUGUCCCUCCGCCCACCUGUGUCUGCUCCUGCUGGGACUUGGGCCCUCGCCCUGCCACCCUCUGCACCCGCCACCCUGGAGAGGACUCCCCCCGUGCCCUGCCGGGGGCAGUAAAGGAAAAGGGGCUGAGACGGAGGAAGGAAGCUUAUGGAUUUCAAAUAGCAGAGCAGCUUGUGGACGUGCGCGUGUGUAUGGGCCUGAGUGUGCACGCGCGGGUGCACACCACCCACCUCCUUCAUUUGUGUCUAUGGGAGAGACCAGAGAAGCUUCAGAAAGAGCAACGGUGUGAAAGGUGGCUCGUGCCCUGCUCCCUGCAAACGCAAAGAAGAGGUGGAAAGGAGGAGGCACCGGCAGCACUGAGACCAGCACGCCCCACCCCGUCUGUCAGAGCUCAGUGACUGUGCUGCCCGCACGCGGCACAGCGGGCAGCACGCAGAGACCAGCCGGCCCCGGGUGAACGGCCCCGCCACAGAGUGACAGCCAGGAUUCCCCCAGGGGCAGAAAAACAGCUUAAGAAAUAGUUUGGAAAUCAGCCUAUUUUUUCCAACAUCAUUUUAUUGUAUUCUGACCCCAGUGAAUUAAAAAGUCCUUCUGGGAUCUGGGCCCUGCUGGAAAAGAAAGGCAGGGGAUGUGGCCAGAGCCCAAGGUCAAGUCUGGCUGUCAAUUGACAAAAAAGAGAAACAAGUCUGUGGCCCGGACGGGUGCCAAGUCCGCAGGCGUGGGGGGAGGGGCCGAAAGGGAGUGGGCAAUGAGCCUGGCCCGGUGGCCAAAGCAGUAAUGGCUACAUUAAUGUUUCUACUCUGUGCCUGACACUUGAAGUAUCUCAUUUCUAGGCCUACAACAACCCAAAACAUAAGAGUGAUUCUUCCCCUCUUAUAGAUGAGAAAAUGGAAGCCCAGAAAGGUAGAGAUGUAAGCCACAGUAAAGCGUGCAGCCAGGAUGCAAACCCAGAUGGCUCCGACGCCAAAGCCCACUACACUGGCUGCCAGGAGCCCAGGUCUGGAAGGGGCGCCAAAGACAGGGAACAGUAGGCAAGUGUCUGUAGCAGAACCGUGGCCAGUGCUGAUGGGCCAGGCGGGGAGCCCGUGUGUCCUCUCGGGGUUCUGUUCUCUCCGCUUGGGCAACAUCAGGGCAAGCACCCAUCCCAGCCUCCUGGAGCUGCUCCCAGCAGCCCCUUGCUACAGCAGACAGAGGACCUGGGCGCUCCUGAAGCACAGGGAGGGAGUGGCUGAAAAUCACAUUCUCCCCAGCUCCUUGCCAGUGCAUUUGAUUUAUUUUGAGUUUCAUUGUGCCUGGAUUGUUAAUGAAUUCCAGACAAGCAUUGUUAGGAAUCUAAUGAGUUCGGGAAUCAAACUGUGACAUUUAGAGCCACUUUCUCUGUCCUUGGGAAGGUCCCCAUGGGCUUAAGCAUGUGGCAUGUGUGACAUGCUGGCCUCAGAUGUUCGUAUCACAGUUUGAAGUGACAAAUAGAAACAUAUGGGAGUGGCCUGGCAGGCACACCUGGUUCUUUAGCAAUUCUGAGUUGAAACAAUGAAAAAUCUGACCAACAUAAAGAUUGGCUACAGUGAAGUGAGAAGUGAAUUUCCAGCAGACGACUGGGACCGGCAAUGGUGGGGGCCCAGUGCACCCACACCGUCUGGGUCCCAGCAUCCCUGGGCUUGGCGGGAGAGGACCGGUCCGGACAAACACACUCACACGCUCACCUCCCUUCCCCUGGAAACAAGUGCAGGAAGCUCUUUGGCUGCUCCCUUUCCCCUUCUUACACUCCUCUCAGACCUGCUUCCUCCAGCCCUGCCUCUGCCCCCCUCCUGGGUCACCUCGUGAAGUCCCAGGCGAUGCGCAGGAGCAGCUGCUGGCAAGGCGCCCCGCCCACCUCUGGCACUUUUCUCUGCCCCCAGAGGCUCGGAAGGGACCAGGGCAGACGAGACCCUUCACCCACCAUUCAUACUGCAUACCCCUCACCAUCCCAUGG